AUGACGCCCACAAUCACGCAGACGAACCUAUACAUCAACGGCGAGUACGUGCCGUCUGUCAAAGGCGAGACGCUGUCCAUCUACUCGCCCAACGAUGACUCGCUGGUGACGGACAAAAUACAGGCAGGCAGCGAGGCCGACGUGGACAAGGCGGUGGCGGCAGCCAAGGCGGUGUUCCCGGCGUGGCGGAAUACGGCCGGAUCGGAGCGGGGGCGGCUGAUGCUGCGGUUCGCGGACCUGCUGGAGGCCAGCACGGAGCGGAUGGCGGAGCUGGAGUCGGUGGCGAUGGGGCAGCCGGUCAGCGUGGCCAAGAAGGCGAUCGCGGGAGGGCUGUCGGUGUGGCGGUACUACGCUGGGUGGGCGGGCAAGAUCCGGGGCGACAGCUUCAUGCCGACCGAGGCGGACGGGUCGUAUAAGCUGGUGCAGUACGAGCCGCUGGGCGUGUGCGCGGGCAUCUGCGCGUGGAACGGGUCGCACGGGCUGGCGGCGUGGAAGCUGGCGCCGGCGCUGGCGGCGGGCAACACGUACGUGCUCAAGCCGUCGGAGAAGAGCCCGCUGGCGCUGCUCGAGUACGGGCGGCUGUUCGCCGAGGCCGGCUUCCCCCCGGGCGUGGUCAACAUCGUGCCGGGCGCCGGGCCCACGGGGUCGGCCAUUGCCAGCCACAUGGACAUUGCCAAGGUGGCCUUUACGGGCUCGGCGGCGGUGGGCCGGGCCGUCAUGAAGGCGGCGUCGGCGUCCAACCUCAAGACGGUGACGCUGGAGCUCGGGGGCAAGUCGCCGGCGCUGGUGUUUGCGGAUGCGGACCUGGCCAACGCCGUGCAGCACACGUCGGCCGGCUUCCUGCGCAACUCGGGCCAGGUGUGCUUUGCGUCGUCGCGCGUGCUGGUGCACGAGUCGGUGGCGGACGAGUACGUGCGCGGCGUCAAGGCGGCGUUCGAGGCGGCGCGGCUCCAGAUGGCGCACUCGCUGCGGCCUGAGACGGUGUACGGCCCCGUGGCGGACCGCAAGCAGUUUGAGCGCAUCAUGGGCUUCCUGGACCACGCAAAGGCCGAGGGCACGCAGGUGCUGGCGGGAGGCGGGCGACUGGGCGACCAGGGCACCUUUAUCGAGCCGACCGUCUUCCUCAACCCGGACCUGGGCAGCCGCGUCUACCGCGAGGAGAUAUUCGGGCCCGUCCUGUCCAUCAACACGUUCCGCGACGAGGACGAGGCCGUGCGCCUGGCCAACGACACCAGCUACGGGCUCGGCUCCUCCGUCUACACCAGCGACCUGGGCCGGGCCCUGCGCGUCGCCGACAAGAUGGACGCCGGCACCGUCGGUAUCAACGGCGUCUUCAUCACCAGCGCCCAGACCCCCUUUGGCGGCUUCAAGCAGAGCGGCACCGGCAAGGAGAGCGGCGAGGAGGGCCUGAGGGCCUAUCUGCGCGCCAAGACCAUCCACAUCAACAUGCACCCGCUGUCGUCGGCCAAGCAGUAG